UUCUCAUUUCUGAAAGAACGCAUACAUCUCAACUCCGUUUGCUGCCGAAGUCAAAAUUUCCGAUUUUUGGGGCCACGUAUCGGAGGUAGUAAAAGGUUUUUCAAACCUUAUUUAUAAUUAAAAUUUUGUAAAAAAUUAUCGAAAUAUAAACUUAAAAAAUGUCGGACACCAAGCCUACAAAAUUAGAUAAAAAGAAGAAAGAGAAGAAGGAAGCGGUGGCAGCUCCUACAACUAAGACAGCAGCUCCACCAAAGCCUCGUGAAUAUGUCAAACCUGGCCGAUUAUAUUGUAAGGGUGUGUUUGUGGGUUACAAGAGAGGUCUCAGAAAUCAGCGUGAACAUACUUCUCUAGUAAAGAUUGAUGGUGUUGUUUCAAGAAGGGAAGUAGACUUCUAUCUAGGCAAAAAAUGUGUAUUUGUUUACCGAGCGAAGACUAAGAAAAGAGUUCCAGGAAAAAAAGACAAAUAUACUAAAUUGAGGGCCAUCUGGGGUAAAGUAACCCGACCACAUGGUAACAGCGGUGUUGUGAGAGCCAAGUUCAGGAGUAACCUGCCAGCAAAAGCAAUGGGACGAAGAAUCCGGGUUAUGUUGUAUCCAUCUCGCAUAUAAUUGUAAUUUUAUAAACAAAUAAACUCUGAAAAAGA